CUCUGACCAGCAGGAGAGGGAUUCCAGUUUGGACCAAGAGGAACCAGAACCUCUGCAGAUAAAAGAAGAGCAGCAAGAACCAGAACAUCCCUGGACAAAAGAGGAAACCAUGGAGAUCCUCAUUAGUGAGCAGGAAGAGCAGCUUGUUCUGAAGCAGGAGGCUGAAGAUAAAGAAGAGGAAACUUUCCCAUGUUUGACAUGUGGUGAAAACUUUCUUAAAAACGAACAUUUAAUGGAUCACAUGAGAACCCACACAGGCGAGAACAUUAAUGAAAGUCUGUCCUCUGGAAAAAGUUUCUCUCAGAAAUCAAAUCUUGUUACACACACCAGACUUCCUACAGAUCACCUACAGGAUUAUGUUGAAAAAGAGGAGGUUUUCUCGGACCAGCAGCUCUGUGGACAGGAGGGUUUUUCCAGUUUGGACCAAGAGGAACCAGAACCUUGGCAGAUGAAAGAAGAGCAGCAAAAGACAGAACAUCCCUGGACAAAAGAGGAAACCAUGGAGCUCCCCAUAAGUGAGCAGGAAGAGCAGCUUGUUCUGACGCAGGAAACCGAAGAUACAGGAGAGGAACUUUUUCCAUGUUUGACAUGUGGAGAAAAGUUUCUAAAAAAAGAACAUUUAAUGAUUCACAAGAGAACUCACACAGGUCAGAAGAUUUAUGAAUGUCUGUCCUGUGAAAAGAGCUUCUCUAAUAAAUGUAAUCUUAAAAAUCAUAUGCGAACUCACACAGGUGAGAAGCCAUUUUGUUGCACAAUUUGUGGCAAAAGUUUUACUGUAAAAAGUAGUAUGACUGAACACAUGAGAAUUCACACUGGUGAGAAGCCUUUUGAAUGUCUGUCCUGUGGGAAACGUUUCACUAAGAAAUCUAAUCUUCAUAUACACAUCCGAACUCACAAAGGCGAGAAGCCAUUUUCUUGUACGAUUUGUGGCAAAAGUUUUACUUUGAAAAGCAGUUUGACUACUCACAUAAGAAUUCACACAGGUGAGAAACCUUUUACAUGUCUGUCAUGUGGAAAAGGCUUCACCUUAAAACAUGCUCUUAAAAAACACAUUAGGAUUCACACAGGUGAGAAGCCUUUUUACUGUAUUAUAUGUAACAAGAAUUUUAUUGAAAAGCGUAGUUUGGCUUCUCACAUGAGACUUCACACAGGUGAGAAGCCUUUUGAAUGUAUGUCCUGUGGAAAAAGCUUCAUUCAGAAAUCUUAUCUUGACAGACACACCCAACUUCACAAAGGUGAAAAGCCAUUUUUGUGUACAAUUUGUGGCAAAAGAUUUACUGUAAAAAAUAGUGUGACUGAACACAUAAAAACCCACACAGGUGAGAAGCCUUUCAAAUGUCUGUCCUGUGGAAAAAGCUUCACUCAAAAGUAUCAUCUUUAUAUACACAUCCGAACUCACACAGGUGAGAAGCCAUUUUCUUGUACGAUUUGUGGGAAAAGUUUUGUGGUAAAAAGUCGUUUGACUAGACACAUAAGAACCCACACUAGCGAGAAGCCUUUUACAAGUCCUGUUGAAAAGGCUUGACUUUAAAAUUUGCUCUCAAAAAAACACAUCAAAGGGGAGAAGCCAUUCUCCUGUAAUACUUGUGGCAAAAAUGUUACUAAAAAAUUUUGUUUGACUGAACACAUGAACACAACUAAUUAUCUUAAAAUUGAAGAUUUAUUAUUCCACAUAUGUAAGAGCAGUUAAAAGCCACAGGAAUAUACAUGAGAGGCCUUUUCCUUGUUUGACCUGCGAAAUGUAAUCUUUGUUUCCAUUCAACUUACAUGUGAAUUUUAAGCAAACUUACAAAGUUAGAAAAAAAAGGCAAUGCCAAUAAGCUGUUUCUAUUUGGUUUGAAACAAAUUAAACAACCACCAUAAAGACUACUGUCCGUGUUAUGCAACCACCAACACGAAAUAGCAGUGUUGCUUCUAGCCAUGUUUACACACAUAUAAGGAACAUCCAGCUGAUCAGUAAUUUGAGGUCCAAGUUUGCUCUGUCAGAGUUGAUUUAAAAAACUGUUUCCAUGUCCUGUUUUGCACAUUAACCCCUUCAUAAAAACCCUAAACCAACUUAAGCGAGUGUAAAAAAAAAAAUGUCGGUGAAUUUAAGGGAAUGUAUUUGAACUUUGCCUUUUCCACCAAGUCUUCAAAUGCGCUGUUGUGCAAUCUUACCAACAGAUUAGGAAGAUA